AUGAUAUUUCUGGAGUUCACCAGGGACAGAGUACCAUGCAACGAGCUCGCUCAAAUACUCGAUCAAAGUGGAUAUACUGAAAAGGCCAGCCUACUACGACAAUAUAACACGUCGGAAAAGCCUAUGACUUAUAAAUACGAAUAUCUAGAAGUUGUCAAGGCGAAUGUACUACGAUCGGCGCCGGUAUUAACCAAUAGCUAUGAGAUGACAGCCAGGCCACGAGGAAUUGCCUUGAUCGUUUUAAACGACCCUGUUCUAGCUAGCGAGGCCAAUGUGUUUGUGAACAUAUUCAAGCAACUGGAUUUUGUUGUCCCGGAUAUUCAAAAAACUACGGGUUUAACGCGAAUUGAGCUAGAUUCAAUAUUAAAUGAUACGCGCACUAAAGUUAACGAUGAGCAUGAUGCCUUUAUAUUUAUGUAUAUCGGUCACGGUUGCAAUGAGGGUAACGAACAGUGGCAUGGUGAUGGUUACUCGUAUUUUGGUAGAGCCUUAAGCCAUAACAUUGCGCAAUAUUCGUGGUAUAAGGAUCUUGAAGAAAUAUUUCAUAAGUCAACAAUGAAUGCAAACAAAUGGGAGACAGGAAUGAGUGAACCGACAGUCAGUCCGGAGUUUAACCCCUCGAUUGAUACCGAAACGGAUCUCAAUUCCGAUGCGAUUGAAGUCGAGUCGACCCCUAAGGGACAGGUAGUCUGGAGCUGA